UCACAACAACCUUACAGCCUUGGCCACUGAAGACGUCACAAUUACUGUCAGUGAAAGUUAGGAAGGUCGGGAAUUGAGUGACAGUUCAAGGUGUUUGUUCAACAGUUCUGAAGACUUUUAAGGAGAAACGCUCACAGGUGCUAGACACUAAUGGACAUUUCAUUCUGAGAAUACGUGGAGAAGUUGCAUUACAGAACAUAUCAGUCUGACAUGUCGUCCCAGGCCCACAACCACAGCUCUGAGCAGGAAGACGACGGGAGGGAUUAUAUCGACAUCAUCGGCGAGGACGACUGCAUCUCCACUGGUGACGACAGGAGCGACGACGGAUGUCCCCAGAGUAAAGCCAACUACUCCCUCCAUGGUCUCAGCAAUGGCGAACUGAAGGAACUCCGCUCAAAGAUCAAUGAGAGAGAACGGAAACGCAUGCAUGAUCUCAAUUCCGCCAUGGAAGGGCUGCGUGAUGUCAUGCCGUACGCCCGUGGACCAGCGGUCCGGAAGUUGUCCAAGAUAGCCACGCUGACCCUCGCCAAGAACUACAUCACCAUGCUGACGAAGUCUGUGGAGGAGAUGAAGUCACUGAUUGAUGACAUUUACCGCUCUGGUCACCCCCGUCGGGCGCCAGGCGUCUCUGCUGCACACAUUCCGCCCGUAUCCACUGCAUCCCCACCCCCAGGCUACCCUUACCCCCACCACCACAUCACCCCGGGGCCUAUGGUGCACCACCCUGUCCAGUCACACCCCUGUACGUCUAUGUCGUGUGGGUGCUCUAUGUAUCCAUACCCCCCGGGACAUUCCGUCAUGGCGCCCAUUGUGUCGUCUGCGGGCAAGUUCUAUACACAUACGACUAAGACACUUGAUGCUGUACCCAGAAUGUGACCUUGUGGACGUUUUAUCGGAUACAGAGAUUGUGAGGUUGUGGUGGACCUUUGACCAAGUACAGACAAUGUGAGUUUCUGGAUCUUCGAUCCAGCACAGAUAAGUUAAGCUCGUGGACCUACGAUCCAGAAAAGACAAGGUGAGCUUCUGAAUCUUCGAUCCAGCACAGAGAAUUUGAGCUUGUGGACCCCCGAUUUCAGCACAGACAAUGUGAGGUUGUGGACCCCCUAUUUCAGCACAGACAAUGUGAGGUUGUGGACCCUCGAUCCAGCACAGACAAUGUGAGGUUGUGGACCUUCGAUCCAGCACAGACAAUGUGAGGUUGUGGACCUUCGAUCCAGCACAGACAAUGUGAGGUUGUGGACCUUCGAUCCAGCACAGACAAUGUGAGGGUGUGGACGCAUUGCCAAUUGAUAUAAAUUGGGACAUUCCCGGACAAUUCACUCUCAGUGUAUUUGCUUGACGUGAAGAAAUUUGAAAUGUACAAAAAAAUUCCACAUGCUUGACCAGGAAGAUCAGAGGAACUAUGUUUGACGGACCAAUGUUUUAUUGAGGGCACCGCUGCAGGGGAUCUAUGUUUGACAUCUCGUGGUUGUCGUGUGACCGCCGCAGUGUCGCUGUGCAAAGUGCUGAUGUUUUCAUUUGUUUGUUUUUUGCGUUUAGAUAUGUUUUAUACAUAAACUGUAUACUCUUUCACAUGGUGCCUUGACGAAC